AAAAGACAAAAACAUGUGUACAACCCAGACGAUGAUGGUGGCCGUGACACCAACGUUAACCUUCAAACCUCUUCGCCUUCCUUAACACUCCCAUCGGAGGGAAACCGCAAUUUUCAAAUCGCAGAAAAAUCCAAAAACUCAAAAUCGAAAUGGAGGAACCCGGUUCGGAUCCCGGAUCCUACCCAAUCCCGCCCGCUUCAGUCCACCUCUCACCCUUCUCCUCCCUCGCUCCUCCUCCUCCCUCCGCUCGUCUCCACUUCACCCGUCGUCGCACCCAGCCGCUGCAAUCUUCUCCUCGCUACAGCUCUCUCAAGAGCUUGCUCGACGAUCCCAGCGGCUCGGCGCUAUCAAUCGGCCGAGACGAAACCCUAGCGUGGGAGCUCUUUACGCCUCACCAGAGGCUCAUGCUCGUGGCGGUCAUCGGCGCCGCCGCCGCCGAUUCGAAGAAGAACGGUUUGAUUCGGCAGCUUCAGAAGUCGAUUGAUCUCAGGGACCAGGCUCUUACAGGGAUGCAACAGAAGCUGGAUGAUCUCUGUCAACAGCUAAGUCUUGUCAAGGUCUCAGGUCAUGAUGAUGAUCUGGAAUCAAAGUUCAAAGAGAAGUUGCUAUGUGAUCAACAUCAUCACUCCUCAUCUGUUAUACAGGAUAAAUCUUCCACAAAUGUGGUGGUUGAAGCUGAGCAAGAAGAAAGGCGUUUGUCUUACUUGUCAGAUUGGUGUUCUAGUGUCACUUCUGCUGCAGAACUCCAUUUUGAUAAUCUUUCACUAGACCAAGACAUGCUUUCUCUAAGAAAGGAGUGUCAAGAGAAAGAUGCAACCAUAAAGGACUUGACUUCGUUUCUUCAGUUAACCAACAAAGCUUGUUCCAAACGAGAAACAGAGCUUGAAGAGAUUGUUCGCAGGAAGAAAACAAUCAUCAAGAAGCUCAAGAGGGACGUUCUGGUGUUGGAAGAAAAGGUCACACAGCUCACUAGGCUCCAGAGGCCUUCCUAUUCAGCUGCAGCCUCAAAUACAUGUGAAUUCCCAAUGAGAGUGGACAAUCUUCUUUACGAUAUGGAUGUUUCUACAGCUUCUUCAUCCUCUGAUUCAGAUACUCCUGCAAACACACCUCUGCGAACUUUGUUGGAGGAGGAUGCUCCAGUUGAUUCCAUCAAGGAGGAACCUUCAGCUUUGGAGCGAACUAAUAAAUCCACGGCCUCACUUGUGAAAUCUGUGAAGCCGUCUUCGAUAGUUAGUCCAAUGACUACUACUCGGAAGCCUGUUUCAGUUUCUUCCUCUGCUUCUUCUUCGAGGAUGCGAGGGGCUUCUUCUUCUGCUGGCGAUUCAAAGAAACCUAGAAGGCCAGUUCAGGUUGCCCCAAGAGCUUCUUGCUCUGGUUCACAUAAGAGAUGGGUUUAGUAUCAUUUGCCAUUUCUGAGAGAGAGAAAAACAAAACAUUUUAUAUUUGUAGCUAAAAGUAUGAUAUAUAUAUUCCAUAAUUACAUA